AUCCUGCAAGCCAACGAAACCCGCAGUUUGGAGAGUGAAAGAGAUGGAAGGGAUAGAGCACAAGACGAUCGCCGUCAACGGCCUCAACAUCCACGUGGCGGAGAAGGGCCGAGGCCCGGUGGUGCUCUUCCUCCACGGCUUCCCGGAGCUCUGGUACUCCUGGCGCCACCAAAUCCUCUUCAUGGCCUCCCACGGCUACCGCGCCGUCGCCCCCGACCUCCGCGGCUACGGCGACACCACCGGCGCCCCCGCCAGCGACGCCGCCAAGUUCACCGUCCUGCACGUGGUGGGCGACGUCGUGGCGCUCAUUGACGCCAUUGCUCCGGAUGAAGAAAAGGUGUUCGUUGUUGGGCAUGACUGGGGGGCACAAAUUGCUUGGUACUUGUGCUUGUUUAGGCCUGAGAAAGUCAGGGCUUUGGUGAAUUUGAGUGUCCAUUUCGUUCCCAGGCACCCAACAGGAAAGAUUGUAGAAAUAUUCAGAAACUUAUAUGGUGAUGAUCACUAUAUCUGCAGAUUUCAGGAACCUGGAGAAAUUGAAGCUGAGUUUGCAAAUAUUGGUUUUAAAAGAAUUGUCACAAAUUUCCUGACAUACCGGAAGACAGAGCCAUUUCAUCUUCCUAAAGGUAAAGGAUUUGGAGAUUCACCUGAUGAUCCAGUAAUCUUGCCCUCUUGGUUAUCAGAAGAAGAUAUUGAUUACUAUGCUAGCAAGUUUGAGCAGGCUGGCUUCACUGGUGGAAUUAACUACUACAGGGUUUUUGAUCUAAACUGGGAACUGACAGCUCUGUGGGCAGGGGCCCAAGUGAAAGUGCCAGUGAAGUUCAUUGUGGGUGAUUUAGACAUGAGCUAUAACCUCCCAGGAGCCAAGGAUUACAUCCACAAUGGUGGUUUCCAGAAGGAUGUGCCCCAGUUGGAUGAAGUUGUUGUCUUGGAAGGUGCAGCACACUACAUCAACCAAGAGAAGCCUGAUGACAUUAACAAACACAUUCUUGAGUAUGUCCACAGGAAACAAACAAGCUCUUGAUGCCGCCAUGGAUUAAUCGAAGGAAACGAAACAUGCAAGCCAGUGAAACCCACAGUUUGGGGAGAGAUAGAGAGAGAUGGAGGGAAUAGAGCACAAGACGAUUGCCGUCAAUGGCCUCAACAUCCACGUGG